UUGAAAUGCAAUGGACUACACAGCUACCGGAGUCGGGUUACGCCAAUGACAAUAUACUCCUACACCUUAACAUGAGUGUCAAGGGAACAGCAGAAGGCACAGUCGUCGAGCAAGGAGCUUCCCUGCCAACGAAAAUAGCAGCAUUGUCACUUUUACCUGUCGUGAUCAUCUGUGGACUAUUCGGAAAUGGGCUGGUGUGUCGAGCAGUGUUCCGCUACCAGAAGCUACGAUGCGUCGCCAAUACUUUUAUCGUAUCUCUGGCGGUCUGUGACCUUGGUGUUUGUGGGAUCAUCAUGCCCUUUGCAGCGUAUCAGGAACUGACCAACGACAAGCAAUGGCAUCUCGGUCCGGUCAUCUGCAACAUAUGGGUAGCACUGGACGUGCUACUCUGCACAGCAUCUAUCUGGAACAUGUGUGUGAUUGCUCUGGACCGUUGUAUGGCCAUCACCAAUCCCGUGUGGUAUGUGAACAGACGGACACCCUUCAUGGCGACGGUAGCCAUAGCUUCGGCAUGGUGUCUCUCUAUUCUACUCAGUGUCAUGUUCCUCUUGCUCAUGGAUAACUUUGCGGAUAGUGCUGACUACUCGUGUCAAGUCGCACCUAAACCAGCCAUAGCAGUCGUCUCUUCAUCGGUGACGUUCUAUAUCCCUUGUUUGAUUGUAGUCGCGGUAUACAUCAAGAUCUUUCUGGCUGCACGACGCCAUCUACGGAAGAAGGCAAUUAGGGCUGCUAUCUCUACAUUGCACAUGAGAAGGCCAUCAGAACCUUGCGUGGAGAAACAGCAAAAGUCUAGCAGCUCGGAAACACAGGGUAAUGGCCAUACCCAACCCCUCUGUACGUCCCCAGAUGAAAACAAAAAUCAAAUGAAAUCUGUCAGAGAAAACCUUGAACUACAACUUCCCAACGUAGCGUCUUCAUCAAACAAUGGACUCUCCCCGAAUAAUCUUCGAAUUCCCGAUGCGUCAGUCACAUCAAUAAGUACCUCCAAAAAGACAUCAUUCAACCUCAGCGUACCUGAACCGUCGUUUUCUCCCGAAGACGGUAUUUCAGGCACCGAAAAUUCUGACAUCAACGAAGUUCCGCGUUCGCCCCGUAGAUCGUUGACACCAUUUUCAUUCAACUACCCCAGGCCGAAGAUACACCGUAUUUCAGUGACUCGGGAACGACGUGCCGCUGCCGUGCUCGCUGUGGUCAUCGGCGUCUUCAUAUGUUGUUGGCUUCCGUUUUUCAUUGUUUACGUCAUCAUUGGAAUGUGCGAAUGGUGUCACGUGACAAACCUUACGUUUCAAGUACUCACGUGGUUAGGUUGGUGUAAUUCUAUUCUCAAUCCUCUAAUCUAUACCAUAUUCAAUCUCGACUUCAGACACGCGUUUAGAAAAAUUCUCCUUGAUGUUCCGUGCCAAUAAGAAAAAAACACCAACUAAUGAAUAUAUUACAUGUGAAUCAUGGAGCGUAUAUCCACAUGCCUUAUACCAUGUGUUUGAUUUAUUCUAAAAUCCACUGCUUCCUUCGACUGACCACCUUCAAUUACUGUUUACAUGGAUAAGAAUUGAAAAAAACCUCAUUCUAAUGAACCGGACGGCUUUGGACAUUGCUGAUCCUUCGUUACACAUAACUUUGUGCACGACUGCAGGAGCCAUUCAGGAUGCUAACUCACAUCCUCUCUCUCUCUUUUAAAAAUUCCUAUCGGCUGAAGAUGAAGUCCAACCCUCGUACUCGUAGAACAAAAUGUUAUUGUUAAUAUCAUUGCUUCGGUUAAGAUUUGUCAAAAUUGUAGGCCUACUAUUGGACUAUAAAAAAAAAACCCAUAAUGUCUGGACAAAGAUUUAGCACAAUAACAGUUCCACAAUCAAUCGUAAAGUUGUGUGUGUCCCCCUAACAGUUUUAUAAAAACAGCUCUCCCAGUCUUGUUUCUUAAUUUCAUCUCGAUGGUGAGAUAUCAAUUUUUCAUGACGCCACGCUUUUUGCCUCUGUCGCACUGACAUCAUUUUUCAAUUAAGAAAGUGUGCAUUUAACUCCAAGUGGGGAUGGGGCUUUCUUAAUUCAAUAAUUCAUAAUUCAGAGUUAAGAUGGGCAAUGUGGAUUGACGCUCAUAAAUAUUCGGCUCUGCGGUCAUUUCAGCAGAAAGAUGAAUUAUUAAAAGGGACGAUAUCCUCUUAUUUAUCUUGAAUUAAAUUUUGUUUCUUGCUUGAAUUGUUAAAGUGAACUUUAUGUUUCAAGAAAUACAUAAUGGCGUAAUUGCUGGUCACUAGCGUCAAGUGUGAACUUAAAGUACAUAAUGUUAUGAAAAUGUUUGCUUAAUUUUCAAACAUGCAGUGUGUUUACAUAACCAGUUUCUUUCCAACUGAUAAAAUAAUAAAAUGGAGAUCAAACUGAUCUACAAGCAGCCCCAUAAAAUAUUAAAGAAAUAUAGGAGUGAGAGGAAGAAACGGGAAUACUCCUAUAUUGGAGAGUGAAACUACAACACUUUUCUUAGGACCUAUACACCGAUGUAUUUUGCUUAUAGUUGUCACAAUAUGCAAAAAAAGAAUAGCACAUUAUGCGGCAAACAUUUUAUAGUUUUUAGGUCUAUUUAGUGAUUUUUGUUGUAAUAUCUAAUUUGACACAACGUCCAUACAGUAUUAUGUCACUUUAUAAGAGAGAAAGACACGAGAGCCGAGGUCGACCAAAAAAAAAGUUAUGACACGGUGAAUCUGAGAAUUUACAAUAUUAUCAAACCAUUUGAAACUUGUGGCCUAUUACAAAAUGGAAUUACGUGGGAAAUAUGAAUACGUGCAUGGCGCUUCAUUUUUGGAAACCAAUUUCAUAGUGUGGCAGUUUUGUGUAAUUGCUCUGAAAUGGAAAUCUAUUUAUCUAUCUAUCUAUCUAAAACCUAUUUUGUAGAUCGAUGACAAAACGCGCUCCCCUUCAUGAAACGAGUCAAUGAUUCGAGUAAAGUCAUUCAUGUUUGCUGCCACCUCAGUUCUCCACCACACAGUGUCAUAAAAUAACGUCACAGUUUCAACGGAAUAAUUGGCAUGAUUAGGUUUGUAUUCAAGAGAUCAAAAAAUCGUGAAUGAAUUGUACUUUGAUUUAAUCCCUUAUUCCCUUAUUACUAAGAUCAAUUCUUCUCCUUUAGUAUUUUACCUUAUUUUGUGUGAUUUUCUCAGCAUUGUUAUUAUAACAUUACCUAAAUUGAAUAAUAUUAAUUGCCUUUGUAAAACAUAAAACAAAAAUAAAACAUAUUUGAAUGUUUAGUAUUCGUUGCUUUCUUGUUUGUUCUUAACAUUUUUAGCCAAUAUGAAUCACAUUCUUAAAAAUAUCGUUUAAGACAAACAAAUCUUUUAUUUU